CGACUGUCAAUUGAAUGUCUAUAUUGGGCGACAACUUGGAUUGACACAAGACACAUGAGUUUUUCCGACCUAAAUCAUGGUUUGCUGUUACUCUUGAACACGCUCUAACAAAAAUAGUUGCUAAAUUAGGAAUGCAAUGCUCCUUUUCAACAGCAGAAGCUAGUUGGUCAUCCUAAAAAUAUAUUUUUUAGUUGGUUGAAGAUACUUUUUUUCCCGCUUGACACCCAAGCAACUUGUUGUUGGUGGCUAACUAGGUAGCGCUUUUUUUUAUUUAUUUUUUAUAAAGCAGUUUUACAGCUUCUUAUGCUAGCUAACUGACCUAGCCAUCUAGCUAACGUUAAAGACAUGGGAUUACACCCGUUGGAGUUUAGCGAAUGCUACCUGGACAGUCCCGUUUUCAGGGAGAAAAUAAAGUCACACGAGGCAGAGUUGGACAAAACCAACAGAUUCAUCAAGGAACUCUACAAGGAUGGAAAGAAUCUCAUCAAUGCCACAAAACAGCUUGUGUUGGCCCAGCGCAAGUUUGCCCAGUCCCUGGGAGAAUUCCAGUUUGAGUACAUCGGUGACGCGAAGACCGACGAUGAGAGGUGUAUUGAUGAAUCCUUGCAGGAGUUCUCCAACUUCCUUAAGAACCUCGAAGACCAAAGAGAGCUGAUGAUGAGGAAUAUUACAGAAACGCUAAUGAAACCGCUGGAGAAGUUCAGAAAAGAGCAACUGGGCUCAGCCAAGGCGGAAAGGAAGAAGUAUGAAAAGGAAACUGAGAAGUACUACAGCUCCUUGGAAAAGCUUUUGAACAUGUCAGCAAAGAAGAAGGAACCGCAGCUACAGGAGGCGGACAGCCAGGUGGAGACCAUUAGACAGCACUUCCAGGAGGAGUCUCUGGACUACGUGUGUAAACUGCAGGAGAUUCAGGAGAGGAAGAAGUUUGACUGUGUGGAGCCAAUGCUGGCGUUCUUUCAGACCGUGUUCACCUUCUACCACCAGGGAUUUGAGCUGGCCAAUGACUUUAACCACUACAAGAAAGCCUUACAGAUCAAUAUACAAAAUACACGGAGUCGGUUUGAGGGCACGCGGGUGGAGGUGUUUGAGCUGAUGAAGAGGAUAAGGGAGGUUCCCCAGGAGUACAAACAGACCAGCCCCAUCAGCAGCGAAGGAUACCUCUACGUCCAGGAGAAACGGCCCCCUCCUUUUGGUUCCAGUUGGGUGAAGCGUUACUGCACGUUUGUGAAGGAACAGAAAAUCCUACACAUGGUCACCUUUGACCACAGGUCAGGAGGAAAGAUGGGCGAGACUGAGUCGGUCACCCUUAAGUCUUGUGUCCGCAAAACCACAGACAUGCUGGACAGGCGGUUCUGUCUCGAUAUAGAAAUCACAGACCGACCGGGAACGGUCCUCACGGUCCAGUCGCUGUCGGAAGAUGACCACAAGUUCUGGAUUCACGCCAUGGGUGGGAAAGAACCAGCAGGGCAGUACUUGGGUAAAACCUAUUCAAAAGAACGUGGAAUCGAUGCACAGCUAGAUGACGUAGGAUUGUCAUUUGUGAAGAAUGCCAUCAACGCCAUUGAGACGAGAGGUAUCAAUGACCAGGGCCUGUACAGAGUGGUGGGGGUCAGCUCCAAAGUCCAGAAGCUCCUUAGCCUAAUGAUCGAUGAAAAGAGUAACGAUGUGGAUCUGUCUACUUGUGAGGACUGGGAUGUGAAAACCAUCACCAGCACACUAAAGCUGUAUUUGAGGAGUCUUCCUGAGCCACUGAUGACCUAUGGACUCUACAAAGAUUUUAUCGCCCCUGCAAAAGGUGGUAGUCCAGAGUCUCGUAGCCAAGCCAUCCACUGCCUGGUCCACAAGCUGCCUGAGAAGAACCGUCUGGUCCUGGGGCUACUGUUGAAACACCUGGCUACUGUGGCGGCCCACAGUAAGUUGAACCUGAUGACGGUGGCCAACCUGGGUGUGGUGUUUGGUCCCACCCUGAUGAGGCCCCAGGAGGAUACUGUGGCUGCCAUCAUGGACCUCAAGUUCCAGAACAUUGUGGUGGAGAUCCUCAUCGAGCAACACGAGAAGAUCUUUGGAGAUGUCCCAGGCCCGUCUUCCCCAGGGCUCUCCGCCCCCACCAGGCAGUCCAAGAAACUGUCUGUUCGACAGAACCGACCCCUUGCCGUCUAUAACCCAAAGAAAGUGGACCUGCAGACAGUGUCACCGACGUCACCUGAUGUCGGUUCCAACUCGGAUGAGGCGUCGCUAGGCAGUAACGAGUCGGUGUCGUCCCAGUCGACUGCCUCGGGGACGCCUCCGGAGAAGGCCAACCAUGGUCGCAUUCUCGCCAGCCUCAGCACAGGAGACAGCCCAGGGGCCUGCAUCGCUGUAGCAGCCUCACAGCUCAACUCUGGAGCCCUGGCCAAAGCCAGUUCUGAUGGGGACAAGACCGUGGACGGUGUCACCGGUGGCGGUGGCAAGAGAGCCAUGGCGGUGUACCCGUGCGAGGCCGAGCACGAAUCUGAGUUAUCCUUCCAGGUCGGAGCAAUAUUCAGUGCCGUGGCACCUUCCAGAGAACCUGGCUGGCUGGAAGGAGAGCUGGAGGGGAAGAAAGGCCUCAUCCCUGAAAACUAUGUGGAGAUGCUGUAGUCCAGAACCUUAGACUGUAUACUCUGUGAAAGACUAGCCUUGUCCCAGAGCUGUUUGUGCUGUAGACCUGUAUAUGGUCAUAGUCAUUACCAAACUGUGGAAGUUAGCUAUACAGCAAAACAUUGUUGGGAAGUCCUGAUUAACAGAUCUUGGACCAGGCUAGUGGAAGAGGGGUCUUGUCAUCCCUGACAGUCUACGUCUAGAUGCUGUAUGCCAAACCCAAGGGUCGCCUGGCCUGCCACCAUCUAUGGCGGUAUCUCGCCCAACUGUCACCUUAUACAUGGUAUCCAUGAAGUCGAUGUUGAGACACUCCCAUUCUCAAAUUCAUACUUUUUCUUAUGCCUUCAACUCUUGCGUUCCCUGCCCGGUGACGACUAUGCGUUCAACUUUAAUGCAGAAUAAUGAUAAAUACCCCCCCAGCAAUGAUGUACAAUCUAUCUUGGAUAUAGGAAAGAAACAUUUUAAGGUGCCUUACAACAGUUGACAUGUAUUUACUGAACGGGUAUGUUUGGAAAAUGCUAAAGAGUUGUGUUCCGUGAAGAAUGUCUGGAAUACUCUUCAAGAGGUGCUUUGGUAUAAUAUGAUGUAUUUAAUUGGCACUUGGAUUGCAUUUUUUGUUUUACCACUACCUUCUUUUUUUUAUAAGUAUGGAAUCCACCGUUGUGACUGCUUGUACACUGUCAUAUUGGAAUGGUUCUCCUUCGAUUAAACCAUAGAAAUAUAAUUACUAGAACGGUUCUUAUAUGUCUAUGGUUCAGACACUCUUCCUCUGCAUACUUGUUGACCUAGACAUUCAAUGAUGUCCGAACUUAGACUUGUUAUCGGGUAGUUUCCACUUCAAAAAGCACAAGGAGGAGUUCGACACCCACCAUCUCAGAUUGUGCUGAAAUCGUUUCUGUAGUUACAAACAUAAGAUUAGCAUUCCUGAAAUAUUAUUUUGUUGAAAUAUAAUUUGAUCUAAGAAUUUAAUCUAAUUGAUUGCACCCAAAUUGGCCAUUUAAAAAAAAAUAGGAUUUAAAUAAUCUUCAAUAAAUAUAGUAACAUUUGACCAUAGUUCUUCCCACCAAUGAGUAAGACAUGAGGAAUCCAAUAGCCACCCACAUACUCCUCCCCAAUUGCACCCCAACAACCAGUAUCAGUUCUGUCUAGCAAGUAGUAUGGACCUGCGGCCUUGGAGUAUUGCAACUUCAUCCUAUGUAAAGUAUUUCCUGUGAAUCUAAAUAUUUCAAGUCGGUGGCAUUACCAUAAAUUAGUGUGAGUACCAGGUUUUGCCUACUAUAUGCCGCUGUUCCUGCUACUGCCACACUCUUUUAUACAUGUUGCUGGUCUCGUUUGUUAAUUAACAUGGGUCACAAAAUUGCCAUGCAACUUUGGGUAGAAAAACCAAUAGCUUUUGCUCAUAAUGAAACUAAAUUGUGGCCAUCAUAAUUCAAGCCAGUCCUCCAUGAAAGCAAUUCCGGUUGUCCUUCUCUUAUGCCUAAUCUGUGUCCAGGAAACGACCCAUCUGUGGUUUAUUCCCUUUAUGAAAGGUCUGGAUUAGUUUCACCAUUCCUGGUGAAUAAACAAACCAUUAGGCUACAGCUAUUGUAAUGGGUUCAAUGUUAUGCUCUUCAAUGGGAAAAGUCUCAACGCACAUUAGUAUUUCUUUCAAUGGUGUUGGGUUUAAUGGUACAAGUUGCUAAUCACACAACAUAUACAUUUUCAAAUAAUUAAGAAACAUCACUGUUUCACAUAGUUUAUAAUUGUAUUGUUUUGUUAGGGUUUGUCACAUUUUAGUCACUAGCCCAUUCCUACAAGUUUUGUGCUUGUAGGAAAAGUUUUCAUGAGAAUUGCACCAUAGGUGUUGCCCACUCAGAGCUGCCAUUUGUUGGGUUGUAUCAUUAGGCUGCUAAGACGAAGACUAACUGAAUUGCUUUCAUGGAGGACUGUCUUGACUUGUGAGGAUGACUACUAUUUGUUUUCAUCAUGAGCAGUAGCUUUUGGUUUUCUACCCAAAGUUGCAAAGAAAAUGUGAUUUGUUUAAUAAACACGAGACCAGCAACAUUUACAAAGGGGUGUGGCAGUAGUAGGAACAGCAACAUCAAGUUGACAACCUGGUACUUUCAGAAUAAUAUUUGGUAAAUAAUAAAAGCGAUUUCAAAUGGCAAAUUUCUCUGAACGGGGGAAAAAAAACUGAUUCAGAGGGAAUAGAUUACAUAGAAUGAAGAAGCAAUACUCCAAGCCGCAGCUCCAUACUAGUUUGACAGAACUGAUACUGUAAAAUGACCAUUGGUUUGGGGGGGUCCUUGGGUGACUUUGGAUCAUUUUAUUGGAUUCCCCAUGUCUUGUUCAAUGAUAGGAAAACCUUUGGUCCAAAUUGGCUGUUUGGUAAUAUAUUGAUUGCAUAUGUGAGUUUUGUAAAUUUAGAAGGGACAAUUUGGGUGCGAUCAAUUAGCUUAAUUUCUCAAAUCAAAUGUUGCAGGAAUGCUAAUUUUAUGUUUCAAAAUACAAAAAUGGCUUGCCUAAAGGACAUGGAAAGAAUAUCUAACGUUCUAAUCAAUUAUUUAGGUGUGACUGAAUGUUCAACUCAAUGCAGCAAUGAUGUAUGGGAAUGUGCUAAACAAAGUGGGGUUUUAUUGAAAACCGGUUUUAUAGAUCCAUAGUCGACGAUGUUCAAAAUCUUUCUGAACAGUUUACAAAUUUAGAUGACGUUCACAUCUUAAUUUGUAUUAUUCUGUACCAAAUUGACUGACGAGACAAUAUUUUAUUAUUAUUAUUAUUAUUACCACAACCACAAAUGCAGUAUUUUCCAAAUCGUAUUGUCUAUGGCUGUGUAUAUAGUUAUUUUAAAAGGCCACACAAAAUGCCAAGUAUAUUCUAUUCUGAAGCCCUUUUUUUAAGUGGUCAACGGAAUUAAAGUUUUUAGUGGUUUUUACAAUUGUAAGUGUACUAAACACAUCACAAUACUUUUAUUCUAUUGCCGUUCAAAAAAGCCGGUUUCAUUUUUCUAAGAGCUUUUGUUCUCUCAUUUUGCAUUGCUAUUAAAGUAAUUUAAGACAGUGAUUAAUGACAUUUCUAAAGAUCUUGGCAUCCAUUUCAAUUUUGUAACAUUGGAUGUCCUCUUGAUCAAUGUUAAAUAAAUAAAGACAUUUUUAUUCUUUA